AUGGCUGCCGCUGCACAAUCCGUUGAAGAAGCUCCUGACCGUGCUUUGUUGGAAGGCCAAGCGGAUGCUGCUUAUGGCUCCACCCCGGCUCCUCAGGGCAACAACGGACAAGGGAGGCAGUCUGGCGAUGCGCCUCGCGAUGCGCCUCGCCUCUCUCCUGAGGAAGUCCUCAAUGAGGUGAUGCGUAAUGCCGACGAGUACAUGAAGAUCAUCUUGAACGCUUUCCUCAAAGGGUUGGCGCCUCUGUUUGCAGAAGGUCUUGGGACAUUCGCCCUGGUGUUCACGGUCGGAUGCGUCGUCACUUCCCCGACACCGUCACCAUGGGCUGCGACAUCCAUCGCCUGCGUGCUGAUGGUAAUGAUAUAUGCCACGGGCCCGAUCUCGGGAGGGCAUCUCAACCCCGCAGUGACAUUCGCCAUGGCCUUGCUGGGGAAGAAGUCUUUUGGAGGCAUGAUGACAUACUGGCUCUUCCAGUUCAUGGGGGCUUUUCUCGCCGCGGCCGUCUACAAAAUCGUCUGUGCGCCCCACCUGGCAGUGGUGGCCCCCGUGCCUCCCUUCAACGCGGGCUACGCCGCAGGCGGUGAGCUGCUGUACACUGCCAUGCUUGUGUUCGUUGUGCUCUGCUGCGCUGUGGCAAAGAGAAACACGCCGAAUCAGUUCUACGGUCUGGCCAUUGGCUUCGUUGUCUUGGCGGGUGGCCAUGCUGUCGGGCGCAUCUCCGGGGCUGCUCUCAAUCCGGCGGUCUCCGUCACUUUGGGCCUGGGCAGCGGGAAGGACCCGCACUGGGCCUUGGUCUGGUUUGGAGCGGAGCUCGGCGGUGCUGCCGUGGCUGCUGGAGCUUACCGUCUCUUGCGGCCGGAGGAGUUUGGCAAGUCUGGUGACCAGCCAGAUCUCAAGACGCGUUGUUUGGCUGAAGCAUUUGGGACGUUUAUGCUGGUUGUGACGGUUGGCCUGAACAUCGUUAGCGGAUCUCGUGCCACAGCCUACUCUGCCGCUGCUGCCCUCAUGUGCAUGAUCUACUCCCUGGGAAAUGUCUCUGGUGCCCAUCUGAACCCAGCGGUCACUGUGGCAGUGCUUGCUGGUGGCCGUGAGAAGAUCUCGCGACGUGAUGCUGCAGGCUACGUCCUGGCUCAGAUUGCUGGCGGUCUGCUUGCAGGACUGGUUUAUGCUGCUUACCACAUGGGCUCUGCAGUUGCGGACAAGUCGAUCAAAUUGGUCCCGGGAAGGGGCUUCGACCUGGUGCAGGCAUCGAUCGCUGAACUGAUCGUCACUAUGUUUUUGGGCUACGUUGUCCUCUGCAUCGCCACGGUGAGGGAGCCCCACGCAAAAGACCUUUUUGGCCUCAUCAUUGCCUCCACCGUCACUGGUGGUAGCUUUGCCGUAGGCUCCGUCUCUGGAGGUGAGUUGAACCCUUCUGUCGUCCUUGGCCUGAUGAUCGGAAAUGUCGUGAAUCCGGGCAAGGGGGGUAUGGGUCCUGUUGGAAGUUGGGUGGCCCUGCUCUUUUCAGAGCUUUUCGGGGGACUGCUGGCCGCCGGUCUUUUCCGGAUGACUCACCGAAGCGAGUUCGUAGAAGCGGAAAAAGAUGACAAGGACGAUGGUGCGAAGGGAUUGGAGAAGGAUCCCAAGGAGGAGGCGGACGUGGAAGCUGCUGCUUGA